AUGACGAGCCACUUUGGUGGGGCACCAGCUCUCGCCUCUUCAGGGCCGUACUCUCAAUCGGCGUACCCGACGGUUCAACCUUCGUUGCAACAUCGGCGCACCUCACUCGAAGAUGACACGAGAAGGUCAACCAGAGUCGACCCUGGUGCUGCCAAGGCCGACCAAAUCGUCCAGGUGUGUGAACUCGCGCCUAUCAUGUUGGGCUGAUUCUGAUUAGCGGCAGGGCCGAGCUAACCGCUGCCGCCGAUCCACCAUUCGCUCAGCAUUUCUACUCCAAAACAUGCACGAUCGUCACUCAGUCGCGCAUGACACAUCUCCAAACCGACGAAGGCGGCCUUUCUCCGUCGAUACCGAGCUCGACAGCUGGAGCAAAACGAUCCCCCCUUCCCGCCUCGGGAUCGACCGCCAGAAAGGCCAGCACACCCGCCGAGAGGAUUAAAUCGGUACAUAAAUGGGUGAGUAGCACCAUCUACUUCUUUUCAGCAGGGAUUGACUUUACAUUGACUGAACGUCGUGAUGCGGCCUUCUUCACAAGUUCAAUAUUGAACUGGCGGAUUCGGACGUGUUUCGGAACGAGCUCAAGACUUGGCGCUCGGUGUCGGCGCUCUACUCGCAUACAAACUCGCCCUCCUCGUCGUCCCAUCCAACGCUGAUAACAGACCCUCCCGUCGUAACGGCUGUACCCCCGAUGAUCCUCGACGUCCUGCUCGAUACCCAGGAGAUGCUGCCCAAUCAAGUCCUGGUCCUGUCCGAUCACCGGGGACGCCGCGUCCGGGUCGACCCUACCUUUGCUAAAGCCUCUCGGCGGACUUCCAACACCUCCUUGCCACCGAGCGGUGUGCGAUCACCUCUGGCCACUGGUCCGAGCAGCGGCGGAGCUCGGUCGCAUGCCACCUCUGCACCUGCGACGGUCGUGCUCGAGCGAUGGACUUUGUCGCUUACCCCACAUCCACCGACGUCGCUCCACCCAUCACCCUCGAGCGCGUCGCCAGUUCCAACCACAGCGGACCUACCCGCAGUCUACAAACGCGCGAUCGUGCACUUUCGGGCGCUCUACUCGACUGCGCGUGUUUUGCCCUCGUGGAACCUGCACCGGAGGCUGGCGAGACGGAGGGCAGGGAAUGGUGUCGUUGGUGGAGGGGUAUUGAUGAUAGGCUGCAGGAUGAGCAUGAGCGAGCAGGAGAUGUCGAACGAAGAGGGGAAAGAGGGCGAAGUCUCCUUGGAUACGCCCAUAAGCGAGGGCGAAGGCGAGCAAGUCACAGAAACGAUCGACUUUCCCGUCGUGGCAACUCCUAUUGGGUGAGUGUGUUACGGCUAAGCUCGACCGGAGGUUACAUGCUGAAACCCUCUCGGCGUGGUCACGUCUCGCAGCGGCCUGAAACUCGUGUGCACAUAUCGUAUCAAUGCCGACUUUGCCGUCGAGGACAUUGAGACUCUGCUCAGUUCGCGCUUCAUCGACGAAGACUUCUUCAAGCCGACGAUGGCACGGUACCAGCAGGAUCCAGCUUUCGCCGCUAUGGAUCGACCCGGUUCGUUGCCUACCUCAGCAAAAAAUCGGACCCUCAUCUCUCCGUCGACCUCACCUCCGAUGACAGGCUUCGCACCCAAACCAUCCUAUGGAUCACUAUCUUCGAGGCACCACCUCACCUCGGCCCCGGUUGCCAUCAGUCCUAGCAACGGCGCCGUCAUCACCCAAGCGUCGACGGCGAGCUCCCAGCGCGAAGGAAGUGCAUCGAGCAGUGGCAAGCUGAGCAUUUCCGGUUCGAGUACGGGUAUAGGGAGCCAUGCCGUCGAGCCAGCCUUCAUUUCGCUGUCUCGCACACGCGGGGCAUCCUAUUCGAGCCAGAUCCAGCGCGCUACAAGUGGGGGAACGGCUGCGCAGCAGAUUCAGGGCAGCUCGUCGCUCCGACGGCCCUCGUUCACAGCCUCCAACUCGUCGCCCGUCUCGAGUUCGCCGAUCUUUCGCGCUUCCUCUUACCUUUCUUCACCACCGUUGCCCCAGCAUGCGCUGUCAUCGUCGCCCUCGAUUGGGCCGACUUCGAACAUCCACCGGUCAGGUGGCCAAAGCUCCACCAACACCCCUUCGUCGCUCGGCCUAGGGUUUGCUCGGCAGCAGCAGUACUACCAACAAGAAGUCGGUUUUGUACCAGCGCCCAGCUCGGGUACGGGUGCUUCAUCGGGGACAAUGACCACCGGAUCCACGCCGAUGAACAUGGUAGCUCGGUCUCCCCUCUCCGGCGCGACACAGACAGCCCCACGCCCCAUUCCCUCACCUUCCUCUGCUAUUGCUAUGCCGCGGUAUUCGUCCGGUGGGGGAAGCUACUCUCGCUCGUAUGGGCGAGGUUCGUCUGGCCCCGGGUCGUAUGGCUCUCUAACGGGAGGAGCUCUGACAGGUGAUCAGUGGGGCGAACGAAGGGCGUCGCUAACUGCGACGGGUCAAGCCCAGGCAAGAACACCCUUCGGUGCUUCCGAACCCGAUCCCAAAAAGUUCCUCGAGACCGCUGAGGACGACUCGGACGACAUCAACUCCUUCUUAGGCAUGAUCGAUUCGCGGCCCGAGUUGUUGAAGUCGAGCAUGAUCGCCUCGAAAGCGUCUCCGAGCGGCAGUGGUGGUCCCGGCGCCGACAACGGAGGCGAACUUAGUACACGGAGUCAGGUCGACGAACAAUUGCGAGCUUUGCGUGGAUCGGUCUACGUCAACUUGGGCGCGGUCGGUGCUAGUCCUCCUUUCGGCGGAGGAAGCGCUGCUUCGGCUGGUCUGGGCCUUUCGACGUCUGGAGGCCCCGGCGGGAACCGAACGUCUUCGAUGAGUAGUUUGAGGCGACAGACCAGUCGACAGGCCAUCGAGGAAGAACCAAGUCAGACUGGACCUCCGCUUGGGGAAGGAAGGCCUGAGUCGACGACUGCGCGCCACGCCUCGGUGGAUCAAGUGCUGCGUCCCAUGCCGAAUACUCCACGGUACUCGGCACCCGGCACGGCCGCCACGACGGCAACGACGACGAUAACGUCGGUUGCAUUCCCGCAGUACACUCCUAAUUCUUCCAGAACUCGCAAGCCCACCCCCGCGGUCACCACCACCGGGUUUGACUUGACCUCGCACAUCCCCUCGGCAUCUGCUUCUUCGCGAGCAUCCCCCGCCAUCCCUGCUCUGGAAGGGCCGCCCUCGGGCACCGGUUCGAUGACGGUAGCGCCUUAUGACUCCCCAAACACGAACACGGGCCACUCUUCGGUGACAUCGUUCAAUUCGGUUCGGUCGUCGAUAUCAGGAUACACCGCUGAGGAGGAAGCGGUGGGGCGACUCGAACUCGGCGAUCCGGAUGAUGAACCGCCGCAGCGGCAGGAGGGAGGGUAUGAUCGACGGUCUAGCUCUAGGGAAACCGAGGAAGAAAACGCGGGCAACAGGGGUCGGCACAGCCAUGCGAGGGAGGCGCCCGUGGCCCACACGCCCGCCGGAACCCUGUGGACCCUCCAUAAUCCCUCUGGUGCGGCCGCGGGAAGUCGAGAUCCUACCCCGGCUGGGCGUCCUACGGGAACGACGACGACCAUAGCGUCGCUUCCGCAUCGACCGAGGCAUCAGACGGAUUAUUUCUCGACGACGAGUCAUGGCGCUCGAACAGCCCAGGAGGACGAGGAGGCGGUCUCGCCCGAUGUGGAGGUGGAGGAACAGCCUGCUCGGAGUCCAGGCGAGGCGCCUUGGAUGGAUUAG